GAAAGCUGUUUUAAUUUUGAUUUUCUCAAGACCAGAAAGUAAAUGCUGUUUUUCUUCUGUCUAUAUUAUAGGUUUGGAGGUACCAAUUUCAAAUAUAAUUAAGAAAUUAAUAUAUAUGAUGCUGGAAAUUUGUAAACGCAAACUGCUAAUGAAUGAAAGGCUUGAAACAGAUCUGUUUUUGAAGUUACCAGGAAAAUGACUAUGAAAACGGCUCGAGACCAAUGGAAAACCACUUAGAAGGGAGCCAUAGAAAAUGUACACUUCAGAAGAGAGAUGUAACCAGAGAACUCAAAAAAGAAAAAUAUACCAUGUAUGCCCUCAGAAGGGGAAGAAGAUUUAUAUUCAUGUACGUGAGAUUACUCAAAUAGAUAAUCAAAUAUAUCAGUGCCUUGAACGUGAACAGAACUUUUGUGAAAACUUAGCACGUAUGUGUGAGAAAACAUAUACUGGGGAGAAACCUUACAGAUGUGAUAUGUGUGAGAAAACCUUCAUCCAAAGUUCAGAUCUUAUUUCACACCAGAGGAUCCAUAAUUAUGAGAAACCUUAUAAGUGUAGCAAAUGUGAGAAGAGCUUUUGGCACCACUUAGCCCUCUCAGGACACCAGAGAACACAUGCAGGUAAAAAGUUUUAUACCUGUGACAUCUGUGGCAAGAACUUUGGUCAGAGCUCUGAUCUGCUUGUCCACCAACGAAGCCAUACAGGGGAAAAACCUUAUCUGUGUAGUGAGUGUGAUAAAUGCUUCAGUCGAAGUACAAAUCUCAUAAGGCACCGAAGAACUCACACAGGUGAGAAACCAUUUAAGUGUCUGGAAUGUGAAAAAGCUUUUAGUGGGAAAUCGGAUCUUAUUAGCCACCAAAGGACUCAUACCGGUGAAAGACCCUACAAAUGCAAUAAAUGUGAGAAAAGUUAUCGACACCGGUCAGCCUUCAUUGUACAUAAAAGAGUUCAUACCGGGGAGAAGCCGUACAAGUGUGGUGCCUGUGAGAAGUGCUUUGGCCAGAAAUCAGACCUUAUUGUACACCAGAGAGUCCAUACCGGUGAGAAACCAUAUAAAUGCUUGGAGUGCAUGAGAAGUUUUACUCGGAGUGCCAACCUAAUUAGGCACCAAGCAACUCACACUCAUACUUUCAAAUGCCUUGAAUAUGAGAAAAGUUUCAACUGUGGCUCAGACCUUAUUGUACAUCAGAGAAUUCACAUGGAAGAAAAACCACAUCAGUGGUCUAUGUGUGAGAGUGGUUUCUUCCUAGGUAUGGACUUCAUUGCCCAGCAGAAAAUGAGGACUCAGACAGAGGAGCUGCAUUAUAAAUACAGUGUAUGUGAUAAAAGCUUUCACCAUAGCCCAGCCCUUCUUCAGCAUCAGACAGUACACAUUGGUGAAGACUACAUCUGUAAUGGGAGUGAAAAAGGUCUGGAUCUUAGCUCUCAUGCAUCGGAAACCUCGCGGAUGUCUUGACAGGAAGUCACAUAACCUUAAAAAAAAGGUACUUUACACAUCCGAACUCAUUAAGAGAAAGACUUGUAGGUGAAUUUCAGAUUUCCCUCAGAUCUCAGACUUCAUUGGGGGCCAGAGAGAAAGAGAGUCUACAGUCUUAGGAACUGUAAGAAAAGCUUUAUGUAGAGAAUGGCUCUGUCAGGACACCAUUAUUAGCCACAUUUGCGAAGAACUCCACAAAUGCUCUGGGUUUGGAAAACCUUCCACACAAGAAGGUUCAUCAGAUCGGAAGCCGUACAUGUGCAGUAUGGGAGCUCUCCAGCAGUGGUAAGCCCUCAUCAUUACAAGAGAAUUCACACCAGAGAACAAUCAUUUAAAUGCUUUGUGUCAGCAGUACUUUGGACAGUAGUACGCCUUAUUGGAUAUCAGAAAAGUCACCCUGGGGAGAAACCCCAGAAAUUAGAGGAAAAAGUUCUAACAAAAUUCUGACUUUCUUACCCAUCAGAGAAGCCAUACUGGUAUAGAUGAGUAUUUGUCUUGAGUGUGGCAGAAACAUUUGUUGGAGAGUCUUACAUGGGUUUGCAUCCUCCUAAACAAGAAUCAGAAGACAGAUAAGUGUCUGAAUGAGAAAAGCUUGUUAAUUUUCAGUUUUUGGGGUGUAUCAGGGAACUCACAGCAGUGAAAACCCAUAAAUGCUUUGUGUCUGAGAAGCUAGAAGCUCUCAUCUAAUUGGGCCCCAAAGAACCGGUUCUCCAGAGGAGUUGUUCCAGUGUGAGAGAUCUAGUUGUGGGUGAGAGUCUGUACAUAUGCUAUGUCUGAGAAGAGCUGUUCUUGUAGUUGAACCAUAUUGUAAAAAAUUAAAUAGAAUUGUAUGGAAGGAAAUCGUGUCUUAGCGACCCAGAAGCUUGUUCUGGAGGAGCUGGGGCAGGUCAGCGUGGAUCUGAAGGGUAACUCAGGUAAAGACGCUUUUAUUUUGUCUGAACCACUUAAUGAUUGCUUUAGUUUCACUUUUAAGAACUCAUAAGUCCAGUAAAGGAAAGGAUUGUAAUCUUGUGUAUAAGGUAGGGCAUGGGUUAUUGUUGGAAGAAAGGAGUGCUUUGAUUUUUGCUUGCUUUUUUUUUUUUAACUCUCUUCUCUAGAAUGGGAAUGGUGUGUUGCUAGCAGGUUGUGAAAAGCACUAAGAAGCUAGGGAGUACUUAGCUCGGGUUAAAAUUCUCAGUAGUUUCCCCAUUGCAUGAUCAGCUUCUGCAAAAAGCAGAAUACUCAGCUCUUUACUUAGUGUUGAGAUCUGCCCUCAAAAUUGUCCAAAAUUGUCCCUAAAGUAUCUUUUGGAGUUAACACUGAAAUUUCAAAUUUAGAGAUUCAUUUCUUUUCAAGUCAGAAUAACAAAUUCCAGGAUACUGGUUAUGAUGAUGUUACAGUAUCUAGGUUUUUGUGACUUGUUACAUCUCUUUCAGUGAUAAAUACCAUAUCAGCUGGCUCAGAACAGGAAUAGGGCGAAAGUUGUUAACCAGAGAAAGCAGAGGAGAGACACAAUGAAGCGCUCUUCAUGGAGGAAGCGGACACUGAUUUUGAGGGUCCUGACUCCAAAGCUUAUGUUCUACAUUCUAUUAUCCUGAUACUUGCAGCAAAUUAAGCUUCAUAAUGACACAUUUUUUUCAUUUAUUUCAGUUCUGUCAAGGAAAGAAAAAUACAGUUUAAUCCCAGGGAAAGGAUUGCAGUCAACACAAUAUAAGGUAUAUUCUUGGUUUGGAAUGCAGGAUUCUAAAUGUUAGAAAAGUAGUUGGCAGAUUCACCUGAGGUUUAAGGAUAAACAUUUGUUUCCAGUGCAGUAGGUUAAUUGAUUGUCUUUAACAUACUUUGGAUAGCUCACGACCCAAGCAUCUUAUAGUCCCUUCUCAUUAUUUUUCUUUCUUUGGCUUAAAAGACUUUUAAUUCAAAUAUUUCAAGUUCCUGUGGUAUUUGGGACUCUGUAGAAUAUAAUUAUUUUAUUGUUAAUCACAGUCCUCUGGUUUUGUUGUAAUUUGUUUAGUGAACCCCUGAAUUCCAUGGGGUAAUAGUGUUUAGCGUCAUGAAAUUGAUCUGGUGAUACCUUACAUGUGGCUGUAAGCUCUCAACCUGAUAGUUGUUUGAUAAUCAUAAUCUUAAGGCCAGUGAAUUUAGCUCAGUAAAGAAUCUGGUUCCAGUGUUUUUCCUUUUAAAAAACCGGUUGUGUCAGUUUUAAUCUGACGUGUUCUAGUAAUUUUUAUAAAUAACUUUAGUACUAUGAAAAUUUGUCCAUUGUGAUAAACACACACAAGAUAUGUAUUUUUCUCCUUGGGGAAUAUCAUGCCUAUUACUAGCAAGAGUUUCAUAAUUGUGAUGCUUAAACUAAUAUUGGGUGUAUGACAACCUCAGUAAAAAAUGAAUUAGUUAUUAUGGCUGCUCAUUAGUGCUCAUUAGAGAGACCAUGGAGAAAGAGACAAAGUUUAAAACAGUAGGUUGGUGACUUACCCUUCAGCCUGUCUCACUGGUAAUUGUCUAUAGUCUCUAAGUAAACUAACAGUGGACCAUUCCUCAAACAGAACUUUGAGGAUGUAAAGCAGGCCUGAGGCCUGUUAACUAUGGUGAGAAGGUGUUGGUAUUACAUAGCAUAACCUGAGGUUGGAGAGGACCACUUGGGAGCCUGUAACCAAAGCUAGAAGGUGGUAACUUCUGGGAUGGAUGGAGGUUCCCUUGAAGCAGUGCCAACCCAAAUCUACCUCAGGUAAGUAGUUAGAGUAACUUUCUCAAGAUUUCAGACCAAAUGAGAUAAAUUAUAUUCCGUCCAUGUACUCCUCUAUGCUUUAUUAUUUUUGUUUACCUUUAAUUCUUAAAUAAACAUUUGUUCGUUAAAUCUCUA